AUGUGGGUAAAGCCUGAAGAAGUGUUCCUUAAAACUGCCUUCUGGGACAACGAUGAAACGUCCCUGUAUUUCGUGCUACAGAGACGUAAAGGUCACGGAAAGUCUAAAGGACUCUCGUCUCUUUUAGUGGGUACUUUGGAUAGUGUUAGAGAUACUAAGCCACCGCCUUACAGGAUACUACAUCAGACACCCAAUUCGGAGGUGUAUUAUGUAAUUGCAACAGCUUUGACCGAAAAUGAAAUCCGUCAAGACUGGCAGUGGCUGUUUGAGAAUGUGUGCCCGACUUUGCAUUCAUUUGACAAAGAGGAGGAGGUGACAGAAUUUGUGUGCUGUAAGAUAAACUCAGUCAUUGCCACAAAACAAGAUAACAUUACUGAAGAUGAAGACACAGUCACAUAUAAAAAUGUUGACUAUGAGUUCCAUCAAAGAUUUGGUAUGCCAGACGAUGAGAAACUGGUGUGUUACUACUCUUGCAGUUAUUGGAAAAGCAAAAUGCCACGUCAAGGAUGGAUGUACCUGUCAGUGCACUAUAUGUGUUUCUAUUCAUUCAUAUUUGGGCGCAAGACUUUGUUAAAAAUCCGAUGGGCUGAUGUCACUGAAUUGGCUAAAAUCAACAGUUAUUUGUUCCCUGAUUCAAUCAAAAUUGUUACACGAGAUGAUGAACAUUAUUUCACACUGUUUUUAAGGAAAAAUGAGACAUUUGCUCUGAUGCAGCAGUUGGCAAACAUAGCUAUGAGGCAGUUAAUAAAUGACAAGUCAGCGUCUUUCAACAUUGACAAAGACUUACUAACAAAACUCAGUAAAAAUGUACCAAAGAAACCAUCAUUCCUUAAGAGAGAUUUAGAUGCCAGAAAACAAUCGAAUCUGUACACUUUGAAGUUCCGUCUACCACAGACUGAGAAACUGGAUGGCUCAGAAGAAUGCACGUUAUGGACUCCAUAUAACAAGCGAUAUAAUUGGGGGCGACUAUAUUUAUCGCAGAAUUUCAUCUGUUUCGAUAGUCGAGUACGCAACUUAGUUCGACUUAUCAUUCCACUAAGAAAUGUACAUCAAGUGGAGCGAGCGGAUUCUACCGGAACAGGUAGCUCUGGAGACUCGGGAAGUAUCCUCAUCACCACCGCCCAUCACACCAGUUUCCUAUUCGGGAACAUUUCCGAUAGAGAUUUCCUCGUCAACAAGAUCUCAGAACUUCUUGCUAAACUACCUAAUGAUGUAUACAGGGAAAAGCCGACGCGAGUGGCGGCGCAGGAUGACGAGGACGUUGUAUGGACAGCGCAGCCCCCUCUUAUGACCUUGUUCAAGACACAUCAAACCUACCCUAUCAAACAAAGUCAAACGAAAAAAGAGAUACAAUGGGAGGAUCAUAUGUCGGAAGUAGGACGUGGAGUUAGCAUGUACCAAACAACAGCGGGAAGCGAACUAGUAGUUAACGGCAUUCCAGAAUCCCUUCGUGGUGAACUGUGGAGCGUUUUCUCCGGCUCAAUAUUGCAGAAGGUCCAAAACAAAGGCUUAUAUGAAAAGCUGGUUAAGAAAGCGUUGUCAUCUAAAAACCAAGCAAAUGAUGAGAUAGAAAGGGAUCUUCAUCGAUCGUUACCAGAGCAUCCUGCAUUCCAAGAUGACGUUGGCAUUUCAGCUCUUCGCCGUGUACUGUGCGCCUACGCACUUAAAAACCCCACAAUCGGGUAUUGUCAAGCAAUGAAUAUCGUGGCCUCCGUUCUGCUCAUAUACUGCCCUGAGGAACAAGCGUUUUGGCUACUUGCCACUAUUUGCGAGACUUUGCUACCCGAUUACUAUGACACAAGAGUUGUUGGAGCUUUGGUUGACCAAGGCGUACUAGAAGAGUUAACAGAACAGCACCUGCCAGAGCUUCACGCGAAACUCGACGAGCUAGGCAUGAUGAAGAUGAUCUCUCUUUCGUGGUUCCUUACAUUGUUCAUCAGUGUGAUGCCUUACGAAUGCGCUGUUAACGUCAUGGACUGUUUCUUCUACGAUGGCGCUAAAGUUAUAUUUCAGGUGACCCUAACGAUCCUGGACAUCAACCGCGACAAGCUGCUCAAGUGCACAGAGGAUGGGCAAGCUAUGCAGGUGUUUACCGAAUACUUGGAAGGCAUCUAUAACGAUGAAGCCAUGGCUUUGUCUACGGAACCGCGGACUGCAAAAAGGACAAUAAAAAUCCAAGACCUAAUUUACAAGUCGUACCGGACGUUCGGGCAGAACGUCAGCAGUGAACACAUCGAGCAUUUACGGCUGAAGCAUAGGUUACGCGUCGUACGACAGCUGGAGGACAGCCUCGAAAGGAAUACAUUGCGUGCGUUGCAGCAGGACCGCUUGCUCGACGCUACUGAGUUACAGGAACUACUAAGCAUCAUCCGCGAGGAGUUGCUAUGGGCGAAACGAGUGCCUUGCGAGCGUCUAGAAGCUCCUUACGAAGCGUACCGGCUUGACUACACACAAUUCAAGACGCUAUAUACAGCCUUAUCGCCCUGGGCUAAGGGUGAUUUUGCUGAGGCCAUCGCCGCUAGAAUGUUCAAGUUAAUGGACAAUGACGACGACGGCUACGUGAGCGCGCGCGGCCUGAGUCUCGCUCUUGGCUUGAGUGUGCGCGCCGACGCGCAGCGUAGACUGCGCGUCUUGUACUGUGCGCAUGCGCCGCCCUUACUGUCACACCACGAGCUACGCCCCACCAACUUUACCGACACCGGAGAAGAGUUGGCCACAGAUGCCUUUUCUUUCUUUGACAGUAUAGAGAACCCGUCUACGCCUGAACCGAGCACACCUGCGGUCAGUUCUGUAAGCGAAAUGGGUGACGGCAACCCUCUGGAUAAGUACAACGACAGUAUCAACAGCCAAGGUUCGGGCACGUGGGAGUCGCAAUCAGCAGAGUCCGUCCGCGCCUGCGCGCUGUGCGGUCUGCCGGCGUCGCUGCCGUCGACACCGGGCAGUGCGCCUGCGCCGCCGGCCGGAGCGCCGCCGCUCCCGCGCGACCACUUCCUGCAGCUGUUGGCCGUGCUUCACGACCUCACUCAGCAUUCCCCGUCGCUCUAUGAAGCUGUCGUCAGAGCUGGCACCGUGUUAUUACAACUGGGCGAACUGCACCGGCGGCCUGAACUCGACCGGGAGAUCUCACAGGACAGUCUGUUCCUGGCAGCUGCUGCAAGGCAGCCAGAGGUGGAUCCAAAUGGCAAUACGACCGAACCUCAAGAUGUGGCGAAACCAGCGUCGCCAUCAAAGGGUUCGGAGACUGACGGCGUCUGGUCAAUCACACUCCAGCAAUUCUUAGCUACGAUGCUUUCUGAAGCUCCGAUUGAAGAGUUCUUCAAUGAGAAAUCAUCUCUCUUGCCGCAAUUGGAAGCGCUGAGGCAGCGCGACAGGUUACAAUCAGUUUCAUAGCUAAUAGAGAUGGCACAGCUCAUCGGUUUUUAAAACAAGCGUUGUAUACUUAGCUGAGGACGCAAUAGGGUCACUGUGCUUAUACUUAUUUCUACCGGUCAAACAAUUUCAAUGUCAAAAGCAAUAUAGGCCACUGAUUGAAGGGCUGGGUCGUUAAUAAAAUAUCUAUAGUUUGCCUUUUUUGAAGAUGGAGUAAAAUGACAUUUGCAUGGUUUCCAGUUGGCGUACAUAUUUUAAAUAGUCAUGUAGUACUUGCCGACACUUUUAUCGAUAGAUUGUGAAAGUAGGUAAAAUUUUGCUACGAGUGUCUGAAUGUUACAACGUUCUGUGAUAAUUAAUGGCGUUACUGUAUUCUUUAUUCUUGUUUUGACAGUUGGUCUAUUAGUAUCAAAAGAAAUGUUUAGUCAUACAAAUUUUAAUAACGACAAGCGGAUUUGAUUCUGUAUAUUAAAUUAAAAUGAAAACCUUUAAAAUAUGUCUCCUAUUUGUAGUUUUAAUACACGUAAUUCUAAAUUUUGUGUAUGUAUCAAUGAAUUUUCAAAAAUCAACAAUUCAAAUGAACCCGUACCCAGCAGUUAGGUGUAUAAUAAGCGAUGAUGAAUCAAAUUAAACAAUUUCGUCUAUUUAUUUCAUAAACGUAACCAAUGCAACGUUCAGUCAAUAGUCGAUUAUAAUAUUUAUCGAUUGCAACAGUUUUGUGCAAUGAACUGUCAUUAUACUCUCUCAUACCUCUUCAAACAGACUAUAAUCACACCAUUGUGACUCCGCUAUGUUAUUGAGUUAUGCUCCUCCGCUGUCGCUGUGAAAGGAUCUUUUAGGAUAGGAAGAAUCUUUUGUUUGGUAUCUCUUACCAGCGACUUGCGCAGAUUAAUCGUGUAAGCAAGCCUUUAUUCAGAAACGUAUAUUUCCAGAACUCUAGCUCAAGCUGUCGCUUGGUCAAUGGUACUAACCCUACCAUAUACACAGUACUAUGUAAUCGUUAAGCAAGUAACAGAUAAUUCUUUCAGUCUUGUUGAAUUGACCUUGGUAUGGUACAGUGUAACAGACAAGUUGCGGUUACCAGAACCGCAAAUUGACGUCGCGUCUAUCGCGAUUGACCUUAUAAUGCGUUUGUUUCUGCAUGUAUUACUAACCGAUGAGUAAUUUGAAUUGCCAAUUUGAACACUACAUGGAAAGAUGUAAGGUUACAUUUUCAAGAAUUUACGUAUAGAUGCAGCAAUUAUCUAAAUAAUCCUUCCUCGCUUAAUAAGAUUUUGUUGGCUUGUAAAUAUGUACUUCACUGUUAACAAAAAAAUAAAAAAGCAAUGUAUAAUGAUUACGUAACUUCGUAAAAUAAAGAUUAAAAAUUGUAUUUAUAGAACACAAGUAUUUUUUUAAAUAAUUAGCACUGAUGAAAUGAUAUUUAUUGUAAUUCCUCAACUUGGUGAAGGUUUGGUUAUCUUUUUAGUCACAUCGUUUAAACACAUCGAUUGCGUCAAAAUUGCACAUAGUAUAUUAUACUUAUUUAACAAGCUUUUUACCCGUGCCUUCCAUUGUGAUGUUAGCAAGACUCUAUAUAUCGAAUCCAACAAAUUUCAAAAUAUGUUCAGCCCUAGAGAUGUACUUGAGUUACAGACACGUCUUAAUUAAUAUGAAAUUGUUAAUGUUCGAUCGAACGAUUAAAAUUAUAGGUAGUUAGUUUGUUACGCCUAUAGUGUAUAUUUUUUACGUCAUACUGCCUUAAGUUCAAUUUACAUUGCCGCGGAACAGGUUUGAAGCGAAUUCUUGUAACGAAACAUAAUGAACUUUAUGACAAUUUACAAACUAUAGUUCACUUGACAUAGCAUGGGUACUGUCGCGUUUGAAAUUUGAAGUUUCUAGAGAUGUAAAAUCUAAUGAAAAAAAUCGAUUUAAAUAUCUUAUCGAGAUAUUUUGUAAAGAAGAGAGAAUCGAUUUAUAGAUUAUAGUUUAGAACACUUAGUAAACAUAACAAAACGGA